UUUUACGUUUUUUGUUUUAAACUACCUUUUCAUCCUUAGUCCAAUUUAACGAAACUUUGAGAUCCGCCUUAGGCCGGCGAGAAGUAAAGCAUGCGAUCUGUGUGCUUUGGAAGGGUAAGCUGGCAUCGAUCUGCUCCUUUCUUGUACCCCUCCCUCUAGUUGAGUUCUUAUACCGCCGUUCGGUCUUUCUGGCCCAUCCACGACAGUGAGCAUUUUAUCUGCUCCGGAUUUGAGAUUUGAACAAAGAGUUUCUGAUCGAGAUCUGGAGUAUGUGGGGACAAUUGUAGAGGUCGGUGCUAUUUUCUCGGUACCUAUGCAUAUGUUUUAGGUAGUUUUGGUGCGGGGUUGGGGUUCUGGAAAUCUUCUACUUUGCUGUAACGUGUUGACUUUGGAGUCAUGGAGCUCUUAUCUGAUAUUCUACACCAAUGAUAUUGAUUUUAGAUGCUCUUUAGAUGAAGUUUUAAAUCCUAUUUGAGCAUAGAAUUCAGUUGGAUUGGAUAAGCUCCAAAUUCUAGAUGUCGUGCCGUUCCAUCAUUCGAGAUGUGAGAGAUGGUUUUGGGAGUGUAAGAGAUGGUUUUGGGAGUUUGUCAAGACGUGGCUUUGAAUUGAGGCUUCCAGGCCAUCACAAAGGAAAAUCUCAGAGCUCUGUCCAUGAGCUGCAUGAACCACCUGCGGGAAUUUUGCAGAGUCGCUGGGCCAACCUUCCUCCAGAACUUCUUUGUGAUGUGAUUAAGAGGCUAGAGGCAAGUGAAAGCACAUGGCCUUCACGUAAGCAUGUUGUUGCAUGUGCUGCUGUCUGCAGACCUUGGAGGGAGUUGUGCAAAGAAAUUGUCAGGAGUCCAGAGCUCUCAGGGAAGCUCACCUUCCCUGUUUCAUUGAAGCAGCCUGGCCAUCGAGAUGGAAUGAUCCAAUGCUUCAUUAAGAGGGACAAAUCAAAAUCAACCUAUCAUUUGUACCUCUGUCUUAGCCCUGCCGUGCUUGUCGAGAAUGGGAAAUUCCUCCUAUCAGCAAAAAGGAGUCGACGCACAACCUAUACUGAAUAUGUAAUUUCAAUGGAUCCUGAAAACAUCUCAAGGUCAAGCAACACCUACAUUGGCAAACUGAGAUCAAACUUUCUGGGUACAAAGUUUAUCAUAUGUGAUACACAGCCGCCUUAUAAUGUUGCCUCUCUCUGCCCGCCUGGGACAAGCCGCAGAUUUUACUCCAAGAAAGUCUCACCUAAAGUUCCAACCGGCAGCUAUAGCAUAGCCCAGGUGUCAUACGAACUGAAUGUACUCGGCACUCGGGGCCCUCGCCGCAUGCAUUGUGUCAUGCACUCAAUCCCGGCUUCCGCCCUUGAUAUUGGUGGUAUUGUCCCUGGCCAACCGGAACACAUCGUUCCUCGCUACCUUGAGGAUUCUUUUCGAAGCAUGUCAUUUUCGCAGUCUUCUCUCAUGGACCGCUCCAUGGACUUCAGCAGCACUCGCUUCUCUGACAUCAGUGGUGCUAUCCUGGCUGAUAAUAUUGAGGAGGCCAAAGAACCGCCUUUAGUGCUUCGCAACAAGGCCCCGAGAUGGCAUGAACAAUUGCAGUGCUGGUGCCUCAACUUUCGUGGCCGUGUCACUGUUGCCUCUGUGAAGAACUUCCAGCUCAUUGCUGCCAAUCAGCCUGCCGCGGGAGCUCCAACGCCAUCUCAACCAGCUCAAUCAGAUCAUGAUAAGAUAAUUUUGCAGUUCGGUAAGGUUGCGAAGGAUAUGUUCACAAUGGACUAUCGGUACCCACUUUCUGCCUUUCAGGCCUUUGCUAUUUGUCUGAGCAGUUUUGACACGAAGCUGGCUUGUGAAUAGUAAGUCUUCAUACGCAAGAAGAAAUGAUACACGUCUAGUUUUUUGUUGCUUGUGCCUGAUUCUCGGCUUAAGUUAGUGAGUUGUUGUAAACUAACUGUGCAUUUAGACAUUCACCUCUUUGCAUUUGUUUUCUAUGAAAGUUUUUUUUUUUUUUUUUAAUUAAAACGCUCUUUUUUGUUAAUGUUUGCUGCUUUUGUGCAUGGUGUCUCAGGUGUGAGUACUCUCAAAAAGGAUCUUAAAUGAAAAUAUAUUACUGGCAGUUGAAAAUUUCUGUAGCAUUGUCAUCCCCCUUUAAUUUCGUGCAAAAACUG